GCUAGUUUUAUGUAUAACAAUAUUUAAUUAAUAUAUGUAUUUCAAGAUAAUACAUAUAAGCCAAACUUGAUUGCAAUAGUAUUAUUUUUACCCUACCUGAGACGCUACCCUAGGCUACUUCCCAAUAAUUAUUAAAUUAGUACUAACACGAAUAAAUGUUGACAUUAAAUGAAAAUAACGAGUGAUUGUCCAAACAAAAUGCUAUAUUAGCUGCUCAAAAUACUCAAAGUCCAUCAAAACUCGGGUCAGUUUCAGAUUAUUUACAUACAAUACAGGACUUCACCUACGUCACAGCCAGCGAGAGUUUUCGCAUUGCACUGGCGGACAGAGACUUCCCGAAACUGGAGCGAACGCAGUUCGGGAUUUUCGACAAUUCGAACAUUCGACCAUUUGUGGCGUUGCCAUAGCGCGAAGGAUCGACGGUGCGAAACUAAUCAAAUACGAUUUAGAAGAGGUGGCACGGCUGGGGAACGGACGUUUCCAGCCUGCGCGAGGACGUCGCUCCGUCGCACGCGUAAAAUGGCGUCGUCGGGACGUCAGCCGUGUUCCCGAUGACCGCGUAAACAUGCGUGGGCCGCCUUCUUUCGUUUUGCUCGCGGCCCUCCUGCAGGCGGCGCUCGGCAGGGCAGUCCAGGAAGAUUUGACGUCCGACUCGUGCUCGCCGCCGCAGCUCUCGCUGAACGGAACCGACGCGGAAAAAAGCGAACAACGGGUGCGGAAGGACUACAGCAAGGUCAGGGAGGUGAAGUUUUCGGGCUCGAUCGGCCCGUUGGGGGAGAAGAGGCUGUGCAAGAUCAAGUGCAUCGGGGGACAGUGGGUGGGACCGCUCUGCGUCGACCAGCAGGACAACGGCAGGUACCAGCCGCUGUUCAAGAACUGCAAGCUCGAGUACGUCAACCCCCACAUCGUCGUCACGUUCAAGAAUAUCAGCAUACACAAGGCGGGCGUGGUGUUCCCGCACGGGUCCCAGCUGCAGAUCCGGUGCAAGGAGCUCGGGCUCUACAAGCUGCUCGGCACGUCGAACCCGAGGUGCCACAACGGCGAGUGGAGCACCAGGUUGCCGUCGUGCGUGCCGACUACGCUUCUGACGAAUUUCACUGAGGACUCGCCGCCCACGAUCCUCAUCAAGAUACCGUCUGGCUCGGCGUCGGUCGAGCCCGGCGGCGAACUGGCCGUCUUCCCCGAAUCGACGCUGCACUUCGAGUGCCUGUACCCCCGCAGGGUCGGCUCGCCCGACUGGACGUGGACCACGCCCCUCGGCCAAUACCUCACGGGUUGGGCGAUAGCGUCCGAGGAACGGGACUGGAAAUACCGGUUGUCCAUUUAUUACGCGAAAGCGCAAGACUCUGGCACGUUCACCUGCGCCACGCCCCGCGGCAUCACCAACAGCGUCACCGUUCACGUGGUCGCGGUCACGUGCGAUCCGAUUUCCGUGUCCGGCAUGCACCUGACAGUUCGCGUAGAAGGCACCCGGCUCGGCCACAAGGCGAUCUUCCGAUGCCCCGUCGGUUUCGCGGUCAGCGGUUCGCCGAACCUUACGUGUCAGGCGUCGGGCAAGUGGUCCGCCCCCGUACCCAGGUGCGAGCCGGUAAAGUGCCCCCCGCUCGACGCGCCCGGCGGCCUCGACGAGCCCCACCUGAGGCUCGAGGAGCACAACAACAGCUACGGAGGCAGGGCGGUUUUCAGCUGCGCGUGGGGCUACAAGCUGGCCGGUGCCCCCGGCAUGGAGUGCGAGAUAGACGGCUCGUGGAGCGGCAAACUGCCAAAAUGUCUACCGAUCCAGUGCCCGCCCCCCGUGCUGCCCGUCAACGGGCACCUGAUCCAGUCGGAGGCGGCUCCGGGCAUGGACGGCGGCCGCUACGCCGUAGGUUCGUUGGUGCAGUUCGCGUGCUCCGGGGCCCACCAGCUCGAAGGUGAAGCGAGCAUCAUUUGCACCGAGACCGGGUUCUGGUCGCACCCGCCACCGUUCUGCAAGCCCCGAUGCAGGUACCUAGGCGAGCCGGACAACGGAUACGCCGCCCCCUCCAAGUUCUCGUACGAGCCCGGGGACGAGCUUCAGAUCACGUGCAAUCCGGGCUACGAGUCGAGGCUCGACCAACCUCGGCCCAAAUGCCUGCCGGACGGACGUUGGUCCGCGCCGUUGCCGAACUGCACCGAUUUUACGCAGAUCUAGGGCGGCGUUCCGUCCGGUUUUGUGUUCUGUGCCCGUGGACGCGACGACUUUGAGUGGAAAAGGGCGUGGUCGCCGUUUUCAACGCGCACUUGUAACGAUCUCAUCGAAUCGCCACGCGAAUUGACGUUUCGACGGAAUAUUAUUGUUAAUUACACAGAUAUAUUAAUAUAUUAUCUAUAUAUA